GCUGUGUUUCAUAAUGAACCCGUUUAUGAAAGCUAUUUGGUUUUUGUUUUUAAUACAAAGCAUUGAGUUUUUGUGUACCGUGUUAGAAUUUUGUUGCUUUUUCAUAUCGAAACUUUGUCGCAACUGUCCGGUAACUCUAUCGACACCAAGCAGAGAAAAUUUGUUUUGUGAGUUGAAACGGCACAUAAAAAAAAACGGCGCUCAAUAAGUUACAUAUAGAAAAAAAUGAGCAGCAAAACAAUUAACAAAUAGCGCGCGUUCGGUAUUUCGUUUCUGUUUAUUUGUGUUUUUCGUCAUUUUUCUAACGCGUUAGUUUACGCGUUCGCCUUUCAGCUGGUGUCUUUGUGUCUCGAGCUUUUUUUAUUUUUGCAUUAGGAACGGGAAAACUUCGUUUGUGAGUUGUGCGGUUGGGGGUGGUGGAGACAUUGAAAGAGAGAGUGAGAAGGAGAGGGUGUUGUGUUGCGAAAAGGCAAAAACUUGCACAGAGGCCAAAGUGGUGAGGAAUCAAUAUCGAUGGUACGCACCAAAAACCAAUCGUCCUCGUCCAGCGCCAGCAGCAGCACCAAAUCGCCGGUCAAGAUCAGCGGCAGCGGAGGAGGAGGCGGUGGAAGCGGUAAUAACGGCAGUAAUCGCAGUCGCAGCUGCAGUGAAGCAUUAAUCGAUGACGGCAAGUCCAAUUCAAAUGCGAAAUUGUCGUCGUCGAAUCGUCAACGCUCAACGACAACAACAACGAUAGCGACAUCCACAACGCCAGGCAGCUCACCAGACGACGAUACCACCGACGAUGCGGACCUAACACCAACGAGUGGCAACGCUUCGCGAACUAUCCGCGGUGGAGGUGGCAACUCGGUGCAUAAACAGAAUCUUUACGUCGUUUCAUUUCCCAUCAUAUUCCUGUUCAACGUACUGCGCUCGCUGAUCUAUCAGCUGUUUUGCAUUUUUCGUUACUUGUACGGCGCCAGCACAAAGGUGAUCUAUCGCAGUCCGCAUCGACGCGACUGCAACAUUGAAAUUGUUGUGCAAAACAACUCGAAAGAGCAACAGCAAGCGAUCCUCUGUCCUUUGGAACGCAGCGAGAACGGCACACAGCUGACAGCAUUGCAAACGCUGCAGACACAGCGACAGCGACCACUAGAGAUGGCAACCAAUCGAGGAGGUGGCGGUGGCUACUCGCCUGGUCCAGGAGAUCCACUGCUGGCCAAGCAGAAGCAUCAUCAUCGUCGCGCCUUCGAGUACAUUUCCAAGGCGCUCAAGAUUGACGAGGAGAACGAAGGCCACAAGGAACUAGCCAUUGAGCUGUAUCGAAAGGGCAUCAAAGAGCUGGAGGAUGGCAUUGCUGUCGACUGCUGGAGUGGAAGAGGUGAUGUCUGGGACCGUGCACAGCGAUUGCAUGACAAGAUGCAAACGAAUCUCUCCAUGGCCCGAGAUCGUCUGCACUUUCUGGCGUUGCGUGAGGAAGAUUUGCAAAUGCAACGGCUAACGCUCAGGGAGCAGGAGCAAAAGGAGGUGCAGCAGAAGCCACAAAAGCUGCCCAUGCUGGUAACUGGAGGCAUCCACAGCAACAACAACAACAACAGACUACUCAACCCCGAGCCAACCAAGUUAAAGCUGCGCACCAGCAGCGGUUAUGGCCCCAAGCCGAGCAGCAGCAGCAGCAACUCCUCGAGAGCUGUGCCAGCGGCCUCUGGCCGUAAGCUGACCAUUGGCAACAAGCGUCCUGGUAAUCUGGCCGUGGUCAACAAAUCCCAGACGUUGCCACGCAAUCUCGGCUCCAAGACAAGUUCUACUUCGGUGGGCGCCGCGCUGCAGCGACAGCCAGGCAAAACGGCAGCCACGCCGCCCGCCGUGCGUCGUCAAUUCUCAUCGGGCCGCAAUACGCCUCCGCAGCGUUCACGCACGCCCAUCAACAAUAAUGCCAGUGGAGGAGGCAGCGGAGCUAGCACGCCCGUUGUGAGUGUCAAGGGCGUGGAACAGAAACUGGUGCAGCUCAUACUCGAUGAGAUUGUCGAGGGUGGCGCCAAGGUCGAGUGGACGGACAUUGCGGGCCAAGAAGUUGCCAAACAAGCGCUCCAGGAGAUGGUCAUACUGCCCUCUGUGCGUCCCGAGCUAUUCACAGGUUUGCGUGCACCAGCCAAGGGUCUGCUGUUGUUCGGUCCGCCAGGCAAUGGCAAGACGCUGUUGGCUCGCGCCGUUGCCACCGAGUGCAGCGCCACGUUCCUUAACAUCUCGGCCGCCUCGCUCACCAGCAAAUAUGUGGGCGAUGGCGAGAAACUUGUGCGUGCGCUCUUUGCGGUGGCACGCCACAUGCAGCCAUCGAUAAUCUUCAUCGAUGAGGUGGACUCGCUGCUGUCGGAACGUAGCAGCAGCGAGCAUGAGGCAUCGCGUCGUCUCAAAACCGAAUUUCUGGUCGAAUUCGAUGGACUGCCCGGUAAUCCGGACGGUGAUCGCAUUGUGGUGCUGGCUGCUACGAAUCGGCCUCAAGAGCUGGACGAGGCGGCACUGCGUCGCUUCACCAAGCGUGUCUAUGUCUCACUGCCCGAUGUGCAGACGCGCGAGCUGCUGCUCAAUCGUCUGCUGCAGAAGCAGGGCAGUCCGCUGGAUACGGAUGCCCUGGCGCGUUUGGCCAAAAUCACCGAUGGCUAUUCGGGUUCGGAUCUGACGGCCCUGGCCAAGGAUGCCGCUCUGGAGCCCAUACGGGAGCUGAAUGUGGAGCAGGUCAAGUGCUUGGAUAUAAGCGCCAUGCGUCCCAUCACCGAGAAGGAUUUCCACAACUCCUUGAAGCGCAUUCGACGCUCGGUGGCGCCGCAAAGUCUCAAUUCGUAUGAGAAGUGGUCGCAGGAUUAUGGCGACAUUACCAUUUAGUUUUUGUCCUUGUUUUUCACUUUUUGGGCAACACCCACCACCACCACCACCACAACCACAAAGACAGCCACAACAAUCACUCAACUCAACUCAAAUAGCAAGCACAAGCAGCUGAGAAUGAGGCUGAGAGUCGUAAAGCUGAAUCGAGGCCAACAAAAGCCGCCCACUCUUGUCACUUGUCCACGCCAAGCAGUAUCUGAUGUGAGUCUGACGGCAUUUUCCUUGUUUUUCCGUUUUUCUCUCUUUCUUUGUUCCUUCUUCACUCUUGCUGUUAGCUGUUGUUGCAGUUUUUCAUCAUUGACUCGUAUUUUAAACGUUUCAAAGUAUAUAUUAUACAUAAAUCUAGUUUUUACUUUCUCGCGUAGACAAUUGAUAAUUGUUUCACACACAAAUUUUCGUUAAUGUGAUUAUGGAAUUGAAAACUCAUUUGUUGUUCCCAUUUCAAGAGUUCAAUGUAUUUAUCGUAUGUUUAAGGCGAAGUUCCAUUCUAAGUUCUAAGUUUCUCUCUAUUUUAAAAUAUGCUAUGUUCGAAAAAGGUGCCGGUUCUUAUACCCUAAUCAUAAGCCACAAUGUCUAAUGAAUAUAUAGAUACAUACAUACAUAUAUGUUGUAAACUUCAGAUUAUACUCAUUUAAAUAUAAAUUGUCAAAGAGCUGUUUUCAAUUGUUAAGUAAAUGUAUUUCUCAAUUCAUUCGAGCCAACAAUUCUUAUCCAAAUAUCAAUCUACCUACGUAUUUAAACAUUCCAAGUAGUUUAACGUUAGUUCUAUUGUUUUGUAAUAGAUUAGUUUAAACAUAAGUACUUCCAUACCAUCGAUUAUCCAUGUUUCUGUUGUACAGUUUACACGCCAUACACUACACUAUUCCACAUUAUUUGUUUUAGUGUACACCUUACUAUAUAUCCAUCCCCAACUAUAUAAUUACAUCGUAAUCGUAGACCUAAGCAUAGACCUAAGGUAAACGCGCAUCACAAAUUCCACAAUUACAGUUUACAAUUUACUGAUUACGGUUUUAAGUUUUAGCAAGCUAGAUAUUAGUUCCUCAAGGAUUUGUACAAUAGCAAGCAGCUGCUCUGGUUAUAUAUUUUACUAGAGAUCCAUACACAUACAUACAUACACACGCAGCUAUCAUUUAUAGAACUGUUACCAAAUUAUUGUACCUAGAAAUACAUUACACACACUGCUAACGACGCUAAUUAACAGCUUUAUGAAGCGCCGCCCACAAAAACAAAACUAUAGUUUAAAGCCUGGUUAAAAGCGACACAGCGACAAACCCAAUUAACACAUAAGCUAAAGCGCUAAAUAAAAAGGAUUUCAACUGAUAAAAA